AGGAAAAUCAGUGACUUACACACGAAGGAAUGACGCUGGUGUCCUCGAGUUGGCGGCGUCUGGCAAUGAAAUGCACGGAUAAAAGGCGGCAGGAUGCAGGCAGAAGCAGAGUUGCACUAAGGCAGUGGUAGUGAGACGGUCAGGUCAGUCGGACUCGGGCGGACCUUAGCACGUGAGUCCAGGAGACUGUACCAGCGACGCCUGGCCGAGUUCCACCUCAGACUCUAUUCGAUCAAAUUCUUCAAACACUCCAACGUGUCUGCUCAUGUACGGUCAAAGGCGGUGUUGGUGAGUGUGAAACGAGAGUGACUCACCAAGGGGAGUCACCAGGAACUCAACAAGGACUCACCAAGGGGAGUCACCAGGUUCAGCAAGGGGACUCACCAGGUAGCGCGGAGCACCGCCCAUUCCCUGUCUCAACGGGGUGGGCAAGCAGUGUUUGGAGGCGGCGGCGCUGGCAGGGGCCCGACAAUGAGCGUGAGGAUAGUGUGUGGCAUGGUGGUGACGCUCCUAGCCUCGCCUGCCAUCCGGGCCAUCCCCUCACCCUCCAAAUACGCCUCACCAACCCUCCCAAUACCCACCACCUCCCCCAGGCCAGACAGGGCGGCUGGGCCAGACCCAACCACCACCGGCAGUAGUGGGCAGAGAUUCUCGCAAGCACAUUUCCAGUUCACUCUAGACCUGUACGGCGCCUUAGUCAACAAGUCCAGCCACCCCAACGCCAAUGUGCUCUUCAGCCCCGUGGGUGUGGCGGCCGCACUGUCCCCGCUCCUCCACAUCUCAGACGCUGAUGUCACGCAACAGAUCAGACAGGUUCUACGGUAUUCCAACAUGACCACCGGGGAAAUCGAGGAAGGUCACACAGCCAUGAUAGAUAACUUAGCCGACGCCUACUACGACAAGGACUUGCGCCUCGCCUAUACCCUCUUCGUGCAGCAGGGCUCCUCCUCGGCCCAGUCCACCUCUGGCCUCUAUCCCGCUGGGAAGACUCGGGAGGUCGAUUUCCAUAACAACGGCACAGAGGUCCUGAGAGGCAUUAACCAGUGGGUGGCGCGGGAGACUGAUGACCUGGUGGGGGCGCCUCUGGCUGAAGCCCCCACUGCUCAGAUGGACGCUUUGGCCCUCGUGGUAGUUUACUUUUCUGGCCGAUGGCUUCACAAGUUUGACCGUAACCUCACCUUUGACAAGGGUCUCUUCUUUAUCACCUCCGAGGAAAGGUUUGAGAUCCCUAUGAUGGUGGGACGCCUGGAGUUACCAUUGGGAUACUCGGCUGACCUGGAGGUGCGCAUUCUGGAGCUGCCCUUCGUGGCCAGGCGGUUGUCUAUGUUCAUCUUGCUACCUGACCACCCUGACCACGGCCUCGCCAGCCUAGAGCGUAACAUCACCUCAGACAACAUCAAGGCCCUCUUUUCUACUUUGAAGGACGAGCGAGUCAACUUGAGGGUGCCCAGAUUCCGUGUGGACGUGGUGCCACCGCUGCAGGACGCUCUCGUGUCUUUGGGCUUGACAUCCAUCUUCCCUACCACUCUGGACACCCAUCCCAGCCUCCUUUUACACGAUGUCCUACACAGGGCCGUGUGUGAGGUGGUGGAAGACGGGGAGGACUGGUCCCCCGCCCUGGCUUCUGGAGGGGACCAGGUGGGCACCUUCGGGGACAAAUACUUCGAGGUGGACCACCCAUUCAUCUUCUUCCUGUGGGACUACAUCGGCAGCAGUGUGUUGUUCAUGGGUCGGGUAGUCACCCCAGAUCCUAUCAUCCUCACCCCCCAUAACUAAACACUAGAUUUUCUUCACCUUACCUAUUAAUAAUUGUCAGGUGCACAAGGCUCUCUCACAACGUAAACUCUCAUGCAUUCACUCUUCGCAUAAUAUACUACAUAGUAUCUAUACAAUGUGUAGAAGAUAUAACAAGCCUGCACGCACAUUUUAUACAGCCUGGCUCCUGUAAUAACUACUGACACCCAAGUCUCACCAUGUGGGUGACAUGUAGCCAGGCAGACAGCGGACAUGAUGGAGGCCAGAGGAGGACUUGGUCACAGGUCCUACCAAGAUCACCACCACCACAACUCGCGAUUUUUUUGGCAUGUGUAACUGACCACAAGCAUUGCUCCAGUGAAAAUUGAAAAAAAAAGUUUAUAAAUAUAUAUAUAU